AUGUCACUUUGGCUCAUUUUCCACCCUCCCGGCGCUUUUGAGGACGCCAGCUCAAAGCAAGCUUUGACCAAAGACGUGACGAAAAUAGACACUGGGAUCGGUCUUCCUACUUUUUAUGUGGUUGUCAGCUUUAUCAAACUCUCCACUGAAGAUGUAUGGGCUAGUGGGGAAAGAAGAACUAAGAAGCGGUUCAUUAGAAUCGCGAUCGAACACAUUGCUGUCCGACUUGAAGAUGGCGACAAUGCUUACAAGCGCUCCGUCGACGCGAUUGACAAGACUUUGAAGCCCCAUGUUGCCGACAAGGGUUAUGACUGA